AUGGGCGAGCUAGCUGACGAUGUGAUCCUCUCAGAUCCUGAAGUGCAAAGGUCGGAGAUACCCUGGCGCAACGACAAAGCUUACCAGGAUCAACAGCCAAGCUCUCAUGGCUGCCGAUCUCGCCAUCGUGAACACCUACCAGUCGGUCCUCUCAACGACGAGCCACACACUGUCAGAUUUGGCGUAUGCGAUACCGAUUGUCUCAAAUGGCUCGACGAGCUCGACAUCUCUUUCGGGAGCUUUGCGGCCAUGACUGGCGACCAGAUGGAAGAAAUCGUGCGAGGACUGGAAGCCAGCAGCAAGAAAUUCCUGUGGGUGAUCCGACUCGAGCAGCCAGAGAUCUCCAAGGUCCGAUUCCCAAGCACGGAUCAAGGAAUGGUCGUCCCGUGGUCGCCUCAGAGGAAAGUAGCGGUUGGAGCUUUUCUUUCUCACUGCGGCUGGAAUUCUACCGUGGAGGCCGUCGCCCGUCCUCUGUUGGCCACUGCUGUUCGAGCAGAUAAAAAAUCUAUAAUGCAUAAAAUUAAUAAAGAAAACACCAUAUAA